CGGUCGGACCGGGCAGGCAGGCAGCCGGGCGCGCCGGCCGGGCCGGGCGGUCGGGGCGCGAGCCGGCUCUCCAAGUCAGUCAGUGAGUCAAGAGAGGCUAGAGAAGCAGUCGGGGUCCGAGGGCUGAGGCGGAAGGAUCUCAACGAGCAGGGCCGCCGCGAACGUCAAGAUGUGGAUGGUGGUGAAGCUGCUGGCGGUGCUGGUGGUGCUGCUGGCCGUGGGGAUCGGCGUGGUCUGGCAGAAGGUGUUCGCGCCCGGGCCGCUGCCCGUGCUCCACGAUGAGUGGUGGGGCCCCGGCCAGCCCAAGAACAUGGGCGAGGCAAUCACGCCCUUCAAGAUCAACAUCCCCGACUCAGUGAUCGCCGACCUGAACGCCCGCCUGGACCGGUGGCAGAACCCCACCAAGCCCCUGGAGAACGCCCAGUUCACCUACGGCAUGAACACAGACUACCUCAGCAAGGUGGUCAAGUUCUGGCGCAAAGAUUACAACUGGAAGAAACGCGAGGCCUUCCUCAACUCGCUACCCCAGUUCAAGACCAACGUCGCCGGCCUCAACCUCCACUUCAUUCACGUCAAGCCGAAGAAUGUGCCCGCCGGCACCAAGGUGCUUCCCCUCCUGUUCAUGCACGGCUGGCCCGGGUCGGUGCGCGAGCUGUACGCGUCCAUCCCGCUGCUCACCACCCCCAGGAAGGGCUACAACUUCGUCUUCGAGGUGAUCGCACCGUCCCUGCCCGGAUACGGUUUCUCGGACGGAGCCGUCCGCCCUGGCCUCGGUGCCGUCCAGGUCGGCGUCGUCAUGCGCCAGCUCAUGCAGAGGCUCGGCUUCAACCAAUUCUACCUGCAGGGAGGUGACUGGGGCUCGAUCGUGGCCACUCACAUGGCAACUCUCUACCCCAACAUAAUUCUUGGAGUACACAUGAACAUGUGUUCUUCAAUGCACCCCCUCACCCAAAUCCUUUACACAAUUGGUUCAAUUUACCCCCUGCUUGUUGUGGAUCCUCCGUAUCAAGACCGGUUAUAUCCUCUCUCGAAAACCUAUUCACAGUUGUUGGAAGAAUCAGGCUACUUCCAUAUACAGGCCACCAAGCCAGACACAGUUGGUGUUGCACUGCGAGAUUCCCCAGUUGGAUUAGCUGCCUACAUUUUGGAGAAAUUUGCUGUGUGGACCAAUAAGGAGUACAAAUACCUAGCUGAUGGUGGUAUUGAAAAGAACUAUGCCCUCACUGAUCUCCUUGACAAUGUAAUGAUAUAUUGGGUGACAGACUCAAUUACUACAUCGAUGAGACUGUAUGCUGAAUCAUUUACCUCAGCUCAACUUGGUCUUGGCAUGGACAAAAUCCCUGCCAAUGUCCCAACUGCAUGUAUGGCAGCCCCAGAAGAACUUUUCUACAGCCCAAGAGCAGCACUACUUUUGAAGUUCCCACAGCUUGUACACUUCUCACAUCCGACAAAGGGUGGCCACUUCUUGGCAUUCGAAGAGCCAGAGAUGUUCGCAGAUGAUGUUUUUGAAGGCAUGUCAAAAAUACUUUCUGGACAAACUAGCUCAUGAAUAAGCUCUCUAUCUGUUUUGUUUAUAUUGUAAAUAAUAUUCUUACAUAAAA